AGUUGAUCAAAAGGAAAACAAAUAACCUCAGCUAUGGAGAGAAAGAGACAGCUACAAAAAAGGGAAUUUGGGAAAAGACUUUCUCUGGACAGCAGUCUUGUGGAAUAUAUGGACUCAAACAAAUACAUAGAGCAUUUAGUGACUCAGCUGGAAGAACAACGCUGGAAUUUAUGGAGGCAAAAGCUGUCUGUGGCUCGGCUGCAGCGAGAAGUUGCACAAAGUAAGAGGGAAGGAGCAAUGCGUGAGAAGCUGAUACAUGAGUUGGAGGAAGAAAGACAUUUAAGACUUGAGAGUGAAAAAAGAUUACGGGAGGUGACACUGGAGUCGGAGCGUAGCAGAGCUCAGAUGCGUGGGCUGCAAGAACAGUUUUCCAGAAUGGAGGAGACAGUGAGAAAUCUACUACAGAGCCAAGGAUCCCCAGGCCAGCACGGAGAAGGAACUGUCAAUAUCAUGAAGGUAUAUCAGGAAAAGCUGUCAGAAGACAGUAGGAAAUGUAAAGAAGGCAUGGAAAAAAAUCACACGCCAGCAGAUGAAGAUUCAAGAAGUGAGAGCAGCAGCACUGAAGAGGAAAAAGAAAAGACGAAAUUGCUAUUGGAGCGUUUAAAAGCUUUGGAGGCAGAGAAUUCAGCGCUGGCUCUGGAAAAUGAAAAUCAGAGAGAACAGUAUGAAAGAUGUCUUGAUGAGGUAGCUAAUCAGGUUGUUCAGGCUCUACUAACUCAAAAGGAUCUGAGGGAGGAAUGUAUAAAGCUGAAAACGAGAGUUUUUGAUUUGGAACAACAGAAUCGAACAUUAAGGGUGCUAUUCCAGCAGAGAGUCAAACCAGCUUCUGACCUCCUUCUUCAGAAACUCCAUUCACGCAUCUUGGACCUCUCAUCUGGGGAUUUGCUUUCAGAAGUAGAACGAAACAGAAGCCUGAUGCAAUCUCGAGCUGCUGAGGCUCAGAUCCACGAAUGCCGGCACAAUGUGAAAUCCAGUACACCUGUCUUGAAAUGCCAGAGUCAAUUAAAUAUGACAGGUCCUAGCCGCCUGUAUCCCCGGAGCAGCUGCAGUAGCAGUGAACUUUCCCUCUCAAGUGCUUGCAGCGAAUAUUCCAGUGGUUCCUCCUACACUUGGAAUGAUGGAAAGACAUGCAGCAAAAGGUCAUCCGUGAGUUGGGAUAAAAGAAUAAGCAUUGGUUCUUCGCUCCCAAGCAACCUCUCAAGUCCUGCAGAUGAUCUACCUCCAACUCGUAUCAAGGAAAACCAUAUCUUAGAAGGGCUGAAGAAAUUACAGAAGCAAAAAAUAUUACUUGAAUCACCUUCAGUAAUAUCAAAAUGGGGUUACAAAGAUUGCAUGAACUCUAAUGAAGGAAUAUAUUCCCCUGGCAUUAAAUGCGGCAGCCAUAAUGAACAGGCUCAUUGUAAGCCAAUGGAAAUAGGAAGUAUUUGCAUUGAACAUAACAAAACUUUCUCUUAUGAUUCAGAUUCACAUGAUGACGCAGAUGAUGACUCUUCAUCCUUACUGAUGCUGCAGGAAGUACCAAGCAAAGACUGCAGGACCUAUUGCAACAAAUUAACUCACAGCGUUUCUGACAGUUUCUUUGACUGGGAUCCUAAUAGGAAACAUUUGCCAGAAAGAAGUUCAUAUUUUAAUUCAAAGGAAAGACCUGAAAAAUUGACAAGUUUUGUCAGUGGUUUUCAGGCAGAAGUAAAAUCGUGCACCAGAGCAAAGCUGCCUGAGUUACAGUUAAAUCAAAGCCAUGCUAAUACAGGCUGGAAGGACCUUAAUUUUCAGCUUUCAGAUACUGAUGACAAUGAAGUCUUGGAUGAAUUGCAUAUAGAAAGCAGUGAUGAGAAAAGUCCAUCAGAUUUAUUAGCAACUCCUUUUUCUGAGAAGUACACAAAGAUCUCUGACGUGCUCAAAGUCACGGAGAAUUCUCAGUUUGUAUCUACUGACAAAGAGGAAGAACACAUAUCUGCUCACUCAGACGCUAGGCCAAAGACAUGUAAUUUCAUUAAACAACAAAAGGUUAUAAAAAAGACCUCUUCUGAAGAGUGCAUUACCGUAAUAUUUGAUGCUGAGGAUGGUGAGCCUAUUGAAUUCAGCUCACAUCAAACAGGAGUUGUCACUGUAACAAGAAAUGAAAUUUCAAUCAACGAGCCACAAACUAGGUCCAGUGCAGAAUAUACUGAACUUAUACCUCAGGGAAUAACUGAUUUGCAGACAGGAACCAAUGCUAGAAACUACGCUGCUUUACAAAGACCUGAAGAUGAAACCGAGACACAGACUCUUGAAGAUAAUACAGGGAAUAAAAAUACAGUUGUCCCCAUGACCACCAGUGAAUUUUCACACUGUGAAAGAGUGACACUGCAAAAUACUCCCCGACAAAAACUAGUGAAGCCAGUGUAUGAUGUGUCAUACAAGGCCAAUUCAAGCUCCACUGUGCAUGCAGGAAUCAGUCAAAAGGCAAACUUGACUAAAAUACCUGGCAGAGGUAAAUUUUCUCCACAAAAAACUGUGAUGACAGAGAGCGAGGAGACCCCUGUAGCUCAAUCAGUGGGCCCUGUAACCCUUGAAAAAUCACCUGCUCUGCCACCUGUAAAGCUUUCAAAAUUCAAAAAGGCACAAAGUCCACCUCAUAAUUUUGACUCAAAAGUCAACUUCCAGGUUCCAAAGCCCCCUGCCCACCUCCUGCCCGGCUUGAAACGUCCAGGCAGAGGCAACAGGUCAAAGUAUCCAAAGAAUCAGAGCCCAGCAUCACCAGUUUUGCCUCAGCACCUUAUAGAUCCCAGUGACUAUGGAGAACCUCCAACCAGAGACUUUCAUUGUGAUUUAGCAACUGUGGAAGCCCGAUCACCAUCCCCACCUGUUCCCCCAGGCAGGUCAACAUCCCUGUUGAUUCGGCCUAAUUAUGCUCAUUCACCACCUGUAGCGGUAAAGUUAGGUGGAGCUGGUCCCAGCGAAACUGCAAAAAAUAUACUGAAAUCAUCACCAUUAAAAGGAACUGUGAACUCUGGCUUUCAUAAUCAAUCUAGUCAUGAAAUGCAAGCAAAAAAUGUAUCUUCUGGGGCCAAAACUGAAUUAUCUUACCUUCAAGAAAAUGCAGAAGCAAUUAGGCAAAAUAACUGCAUAUCUCAGCAACCCCAUAGUGCAUGCCAAGGACUUUCCAAAGUUUCCACAAAGCAAGUCUGCCCAAAAAGCUCUAAUCAGCUGGGUCUCCACAGGAAUCAUGAAUUUUCCAACACAGAUUUUCAAACAGACAGGUCCUUUUCUCUAGGUUGUCCGUCAUUGGAAACAACUUCUUCACAAAACACACAUUCCAGCAAAAAAGUUAUUUCCAGUGACAGUGGGGUGGAUCAGCAACAAAAGAUGCCAAACAUUCUCCCCGCAACUCCUCAAUGUCGUACAACAAGCACAAGUGAGCCUUUACUGUCUCAGGUAAACAAUUCCCCGUUGUCAACACUGUUUCAUGGUAGUGACACUGCACAUGCUACCCAAAACUCUAAUGAGAAAGGAAUGAAAACCCGUCUCCCUGUAGGACUGAAAUUAUUUGUCAAAUCUCCCCAACUUCUCCGAAAGAGCUCCACUGUACCAGGGAAGCAGGAAAAAGACAGUAUAAAUGCAGCUUCCAAGAGUAAUGUGAGUUCCAGUAAGUACAAGCAAAAUGAAUCUAUAAGUCUAAGCACUAGAGGUGCAACAGAUGCUGAAUUAAAAGACUCUACAUCUGAUACCGAAGGAAAAAAUAAUUUUGCUGUGGGACUUAAUAUGGAUACAGCAUCACCUUAUUCACAUGAGAACUGCAACUUGGUGGUAGACAGAGUAGAUGGAUUAGAAAACAAAUUAGUUAAGAGAUCUGUUUCUUCUAGUAACAAGUCGCACUUGAAGCCAGCGCUGGGCAUGAAUGGAGCGAAAGCUCGUAGUCAGAGUUUUAGCAUUCAUACAGGGGAAAAGCCAUCUGCCCCUGUGACAGAAGGUCUCGGAAAAGUACGGACUCAGAUAAUUACAAACACUUCCGAUAGAGGAAAUUCUCUAACAAGGCAGAACUCAGCCAUGGAAGGACUUCAAAUCAAGGCCAGUCCUGGGUCAGCAGUGACACCAGAGACUCUUUCAUAUACUCCUAAAACCACAGAAAAUUCUUAUUCUAGACAAGAUUCUCUUGGAAAUAUGAGUAGUUGCAAUAGCCAGCAGGGAAGCCCAAGCAAACUGCCCUUCAGAUCAUCUUCAAAAGUAGACUUGUUUCACAACACUUCAAAAUGUGAUGGAAACAAACCAUUUUCUCAGAAGGAUGCACGCAGUCUAUCUGUCCAGAGUGAGAAAAGCAUUGAAAGUUUUAAACAUGAAGCUCUAAGUAAAAAAAGUGUUCUGCCAGCAGAAUUGGACUUAGAAGCGUCAGCUUCUGUAUCUUCCAAACAAGUUUCAUCGUUUCAAAGCUCGGAUCGAAUAAAGUGUCCUCAUAAACUGGAAGGAACAAAGUCACGAAGACAGCAAAUGUCUUUGAAGUUAGCAGAAGCCUCUGAGAAGGUUACCAAUGUUUUGAGUUCACCAGCUCUACAACCUACAAUAGAGGAGAAAGUCAUGUUAUGCAUCCAAGAAAAUAUGCAAAAGGGUCAGGGACAAACCAGAUCUCCCACUGCGGAGACUAAACAAAAGACUGGGCCCUCUAUAGCUAGUUGGUUUGGCUUUCGAAAGAGUAAGCUCCCAGCACUGAGUAGCAGGAAAACUGAUGUUCCUAAAACAAAGGUAGAAAAAAAAGAUGCAAAAGUUCCAGGAUUUGGAAUUAAGCAGGCAAAAUUAGAAAGAAGAAAAGAGAAAAAGAAAACUGAACACUGUGAAAUAGAAAAUGAAAUUAACAAGAAAACAGACGGUGGUGACAUUUUAGCUGAUGUCAUGGAGUGCAAAAUUAUGAAAUCUUCACGAGACACGCCUGGUGAGAUUGAGUGUGAAAAAGUCAAAGGUUCCACCACAGCUACAUACUCACCAAAAGACAGUUUUAUGAAAGAGCUUUUAAACAGGAGUGUGUCGAAGGGCAGCUCCCAGGGCUCCUCUCUUCACGGCAACUCUAUCAGCUCUCAAGGAAACCACAAGAAAAACAGCAACACAAAAGCUGAUAUGGAAAUGCAGAAUCAGACCCUGGCUAAAGUAGUCACAGAAAACCUGCAAGAAGACGACGAGGACACCAUGACAAGGACUACAUGUCAGAGUCAUGUGAUAGAGUCUUGCUGCCAGAUGAGGACACUGGACAGCGGGAUUGGAACCUUCCCCCUCCCCGACUCAGGGAACCGAUCUACGGGGCGACACGUCUCUAAGCAAGAAUCUACCUUGGAAACAGAAGUCCUUGCACCAUCUGAGCAAGUUCUUCUUUCAGAUCCUUCAGUAAAAAGCAAAACUCUUGAGCGAGAAGUGCCUUCAAUAACUAAGAGCCAGGAGUCUGUGGAAAGCAUAAUUAGUCACUCAACGUCUGAUCCAGCCAUGACUGCCAAAGGUAUACGACCUUUUCAAAGUCGCCUUCCAAAACCAGCUUCCUCAGGAAUAAUUAACCUUGCAAAGCAAAGUGAACAAGAACCAAGUUCUGUGACCUCUGCCUCAUUAGAGCACACUGAAGAAACUGUGGAAAAUAGAAAAGUUCUUCCAGAGUGGACCACCAAGAAAACUACUAAAACAAAGGACAUAGCUCUGAGAGUGUGUACUUACUCUGCGAGCAGCAGUGACACAGAGCCGGAGCCAGAGGAUGAAACAAAUUAUUUUAAAACUGCAGAGGAGACUUUUGUAGAGUUAACAAAGAAAAACAAACAAGCUGAGCAGGAAAAACAAAAUCAGAGAAAGUCGUUUCUGGGGAACCCGAUGUCAAUCUUGGAUUUAUACCAGCACAGUCUCUAUGGCCAUUUUGGAGAGGAUGGACCUGAACAAUUAACACAUUACAGUUUAAUUGAGCAGCUGAGUGGAGCUUCCAGUAAAGACAUCAAGGGCAAGGAGAGCCCAAGUAAAUUGAAGCAAACUGAAGAAACAAAAGAGGAUUCCCAGAAUAGAUUAUCUAAAAUUUCCCUGGAGUCUCUCAAUAAAUUUAACAGCAAUAACGUACUUUUAUUAGAAAAGGAGAAGAACUGUCUGAACACAGUUGAAGGACAAAAGGAAGAAAAUGGAAAGAACGAAGAAGCUUCCUUAAAUAGCUCGAGUAGGCACGACGUGGACAAUUUAGAAUCCUUGAGCGAUUCUCUAUACGAUAGCUUCUCCUCUUGCGCCAGCCAAGGCUCCAACGAUGUAUAGAGACGCUUCCAAGUGGGCCGUGACUGCGGCAUGUAACGGAGCUGGAGGCAAGUGGGGAGCAGAGACGGUGGAUGAAAGUUGUCCCUCCGGAUCGCCAUCCUCACGGCAGGGGGCUCCGACUGUCCCCGCGCAGCAAUAAGAAAGUCAGGACGGCAGACAUCGCACUGCAUCAGAUGCAACACGGAACACGAUGAAUGGUUACACAGAAAAGAGUCUUAAUUUUGCACUUUUGUGAAUAUUUGUACAGUUGUAAAUAUCUUGCGAAAAUAUAUUUGUAGGGAUAAACGACAGCAAUAAAUACUAAAUUGGUGCUAUGCUCCCGUAAUGGCAGAUUACUAACUUAAAAGAAAUUGAAGUUAAUAUUAACAAGAAAAGUUAGUAGAUUUUUAAAAAAAGAUUUAUAAUUGUUCUAGUCUUAAAACUGUAUGUAGAAACACUGCAUUACCAUAAACCUGAGCCUGCCAAAUUGUCUGUAACAAACUUUCUUCAACUCCCUGUUACAAAACAUACUUUAUUUUUUCUUCUUAGCACAAUUCCAUACAGGUGGUCUAGGGAAAUGUGCAUUUCAGUUACUGUGACUUCACAACAGGCGUCUAAUUUCGAAAGGGUUUUGACUUUUGACAUGUCGAGAAAAUGAAUAGAUUAAAAGACCCGAUACUGCUGGUAUUGACUUCAUCAAUCAUGUGCAUAACUGUUUGAAAGAUCGGGGUCAAACUAAUUCACCGCUGACACAAACAGGAGCCUCGUAGGAAUGAGAACUGCUCAAACCACCCUCUACUUCUGACCGCGAUGCAGCUUCUCUGCUCCCACCCCCCCGUACUCAUUUCCUAUCGGUUUCUGAAUGUACCGUGGUGUGUUACCCUUUGUAGUCUCCCGUCUGGUCUUAAUUAAAUUGUAAAUGCUAAAAUAAUUUUUUUAAACAGUCGAAACUCAACUCCUGUUUGUGACACGCUUAAAGAAGAUGUUGGUGCUAACCAGUUCAAACAUAUCUAGGAGCCGGGGGAUUGGCCUGUGUUGGGUGUUUUUGGUUUUUUUCUACAAAGGUUGUUUAUAUGUAAGGGAAAGUCUAUUUCAAAGGUUCUGUGUAUUUUUUCUAGAUGUGAAGUAUUUAUAACUGCUUUUUGUACAGCAAUCUGUAAACUAGAUAUAUUUGGGAUAUUUCUAGACUCUACAGUUUCUUUAGCACAUGCCUGUUAAUCUUUGAAAUAUUGUAUGAUCAGUGUUAAUAUUUUGUGCAAUUUGUUAUAUUUUAAGUAAUUUCCGCCGUAAACUUGCAUCGUCUUUUUCGACUUUUAAGACAUUUUCAUUGAAACAUCUUUCGUAAAUAAAACUU